ACACAUCUAAUGAAUUAGUAAAAAAAAUAUAAAGAACAAGUUUCAGAAAGAAUUAAGCCAGAGAAUGUCUGAUGAAGAAGGUGGAGAACCUACAGCUGUAUCUAGGCCAGGAACUGGGACCUCGAGGCCAGUUUCCGGACUGCAGCCUAGUAGACCUCAAAGCACGAUGUCAAACAGAAGUCGACCAGCCUCAGGGGUGGCAGGAAGUCGACCAGCCUCAGGGGUGGCAUUAAGUCGACCAGCAACUGGUUUGGCAUUAAGUCGACCAGCAACCGGGCUCAAUGUUAGUCGCCCGACAACAGGAAUGAGUAGCCGACCGGCAUCAAGUAUUAGCACUAAGAGCUCAAAGGCUUGGAAUGAAUCUGAGACUGAAGCCUCUACUCCUCGAAGUGCUAUUAACGAUGAUGAUGAUUUUCUGCUGAUAGGAGUAGAUGAACCUGAGAAAGGAUGCUGGCAUAGUUUCUCUCAUUGCGUUGGAGGAAUGUGGUCAACCCGAGAAAUGUCUGUGAACGAGGAUAGAGAGAUAUUUGUUCGAACAACUAUCAGAGAACUUGUAGUCUAUAUACUAUUCCUUACUGUGCUAUCCAUAGUUACAUUUGGAAUGACUUCACCAACUCACUUCUACUAUACUCAAGUUAUGACGAACCUAUUCGCAGAUCAACCCCAGGUUGAAAGCAUUGACGAUUUCUGGGUGUGGAUGGAAGGCCAGUUUCUGGAUGGAAUACAUUGGGAAUACUGGUAUAAUUCAGGGGAUAACAGACAGUACAUCUGCCCUGGGGGAGAGGAAAGCGCGGGACCGUGUCCGGUUGCACCAGCUGAUAGAAAUGUACUCUUUGAAAACCGGCUUCUAGGCUUAGCAAGGAUUCGGCAACUGAGAGUUCAAAACCAGUCUUGUGAAAUCCAUCCUGAUUUUCAGAACUCCAUCCGGAACUGCUGGGCUCCAUACUCACCAGAUGUAGAGGAUACUGCUGACUUCUUUCCUGCUUACAGGCAACAUACUUCAAUAACUGCCUGGUCAUAUAGCACUGCAGAACAGAUGGAUGUGGUAGAUUUCUCAAUUACUGGAAAGGUUGGAACAUAUUCUGGAAAUGGUGCAUUUCAAAAUCUGCAUUCAGUGCGUAACGAGUCUCAAGCAAUUGUUCACGAGCUGAAGGAGAAUCUAUGGAUUAACCGUGGAACCCGAGCUGUCAUGAUUGAUUUUACUGUUUACAAUGCCAACAUAAACCUGUUCUGCGUUGUAAACUUCUUGUUUGAGUUUCCAGCUACAGGAGGGAUUCUUCCCAGCGCAACUUAUAAAACCGUCAAGCUCCUGAGAUAUGUAAACUCAUAUGAUUAUUUCAUCAUGGCCUGCGAGUUCAUUUACAUCAUGUUUAUUUUCUACUAUAUUGUUGAGGAAAUAUUAGAGAUAUAUAAACUAAGAUGCGCUUACUUUACUGGACUUUGGAACAAUUUAGAUAUAGUGGUUGUAAUCCUUUCUCUUAUCAAUCAGUGUUUGAAUAUAUAUACUUACUUCUCUGUUGAAGUAGAACUCAAAGCUCUUCUCUCUGAGCCUGAUGUCUUUGCAGAUUUCCAAUCCCUUGGUAAUGCUUCUCAGAUGUUUAAAUCAUUUGUUGCUAUCUGUGUCUUUUUCUCCUGGGUUAAACUCUUUAAGUAUAUUUCGUUUAACAAGACGAUGACCCAGCUGGCCAGCACCCUGUCAAGAUGUGCCGGGGACAUCAUGGGAUUCGGCGUUAUGUUCUUCAUUGUAUUCUUUGCAUUCGCCCAGCUGGGAUACCUACUGUUUGGAACUCAAGUUGGAGAUUACAGCACAUUUGAUUCAGCCAUUUUUACCCUGCUCAGAACAAUUCUUGGAGACUUUGAUUUCAAUUCUAUGGAGAAGGCUAAUCGAAUUCUUGGACCUAUCUUCUUCUUAUGCUACGUAUUCUUUGUCUUCUUUGUUCUCCUAAACAUGUUCUUGGCAAUCAUCAAUGAUACCUAUAGUGAGGUAAAAGCAGAAAUCGCCGCUCAACGGAAUGAGUUUGAACUGGGAGACUAUAUGAAGAGAGGAUACAACAAUAUGCUUGGCAAAGUUGGGCUCCGUAAUAAACUGAUUGAUAUCGAAAAUGCUCUGAAACUUGCAAACGCUGAUGGCCAAGUAACGUAUGAAGAAGUGAGGCAGAACUUGAAAAAGUGCAACUUCUCUGAUAUGGAGAUAGAAAUGUUCUUUGCAAAGUAUGAUGUUGAUGGAGAUGGAAUUUUCUCCUGGGACGAAGGGAUGCAGAUCAUUAAUGAUCUAGACAAUGAUACUCUUGAUACUGAGGCGAGACCCAAGUCUGGAAAGGAAGCCAGGCAAAUAAGAUCUGCUAAAUCUGCCAGAUCAAGACCAACCACAGCUUCGGUCGGAACAAUCAACCAUGAAGAGUUUGGAAUGCUGACCAAGCGGGUAGACAGAAUGGAAGGAGUUAUUGGUAGCAUUGUCUCUAAGAUUGAUGCUGUGCUGAUCAAGCUAGAGAGCAUGGAGAAGUCCAAGUCCAAGAGAAAGGCAAACAUCAGCAAGAUAUUGGACGGAUUCACCAUGGAGGAUGAGGACGAAAACCGUCCUGGCACAUCUGGUGGCGAGGAUUGAGUUUAAAGAAGUAUAAGAAAAUGAUAUUAAUAAAUAUCUCACUAUAUUAUUUUCUUUUCGUAAAUGACUGUUGAUCAAGCUGAUCGACAAUAUCAAUAUCAAUGUAUCACCAAUCAAGCUUUGAGCACAAAAAUGUUUUGCAAAUAAAAUUUAAGAAAAUGUU